GAAACAGACGUCGAAGUACGUUCGUGAGUGGAUUGAGAACGUCUUAGGGAAAGUGAAAGUGUGGUAGAUUAUGGUGGUGAUGGUGAAGUGUUGGCGGCGUUCCCAGGCAGCAAGCGCGACCACGAGUCCUCACACUGAGCCUGGGCGGUCACGGCGCACACGACUCCUACUUUCCUCUCGCUAAUGACGCCCAGAUUCAGAAGGCAGCUUUAGCUACACCAAUGUAGAAAAAUGGAUUCAAAAGCCAGUGUAGAAGACGACUCAGUGCCUGUUACACAAGACACCGUAGAUGAUGAAGACAACUUAAGUGAUAUGGAUUCACAUACAGGGAGUGAACGCGAUGCAGUAUCAGAAGCAGGAUCAGAAACGCCAUCAGUAUCUGAUAGAUCAAGCCUCCGUAAUUCAAGAUCUGCUUCAAAUACGCCAACUAAUACUAGGUCUACCAGGAGCAGGGACAACCCAGACUUUGUAGCAAAGCAGAAAUCUUUUAUGGCAAAGGUACAAGCAGCAACUACAGGAAUUGAUAGUCCUAUGAUGCGACCAGACACACCGGGCAAAAGAAAGAGAGAUAACAGCGCCUCGUCUUCCCAAGGCUCAACAAAGAAGAGAAAAUAUGGAAAGAAUGAUAACAAUGGACAGGACUAUCAGAAUGACAACUACUGCUGGGAAUGCCAUAGAGAAGGUGUUUUUAUAUGCUGUGAAAUGUGUCCAAGAGUUUUUCAUCUCAAAUGUGCUGGAAUGGACAAAGAACCAGAAGAAGACUGGGCAUGUAGUGAAUGCCAUGCUGUUAUGCAGGCAGAAAAUAUUGAAAAUAG